AAAUUGGUAGGACUCGAUUGGCCGCUUUUACGCUGGACGACCUAAUGCGGAAAUGACGUAAGGACGCCAAAGAUGGCGUGAGUUUUAAACCGUCUCCGGAUAUAUGUAACAGAGGAAUAAAGUUGGGUCGGUGCAGAAACAUGCAGCCAGAACCAGCAGAUCGGAGCAGCCAGCCCAGCCGUAGCAGGAGAGCGGAGCGGCGGAAGGCCGAGAGGAGAACUGACAGCAGAACCUGUGUCUGGAGCUCCAAGGAGGAGAACCCAAGGAUCCCAGAGAUCAUCAGGUCCAAAGGUCACAGAGAGAAGCUGGUGGGAUGCGAGGAAGGAGGAGGAGGAAGAGAAGAGAGAAAACAGGAGGAGGACCGAGACAGAGGGAGAGGAGCGAUGGAGAGGAGGGCGGCCUCAGAGGGAGGUGAAAGCAGCGAGCAGAGCAGAGAGCUGAGGUGGAGGCUCAACCAGCUGGAGAAGGAGAAGCUGAAGCUGACAUCCAGCCACAACCAGGAGGUGUGCUCGCUGCAGGCAGAGGUCGCUCGCCUUCGCUCCUCAGCGGAGCGAGGUGAGGCUCAGCGGGCGGAGCUACAGUACCAGCUCGCCGCAAGCCGCAGAGACGGCGAACGGGUCGCUGAGCUCAACAGGGACAGGUGCACCCUAACAGAGCAAGCAGCAGAGCUCCAGCAGAUGGUGGCCGAGCUGCAGAAAGCUCUGCGCAUCACACGGCAGGCGAGGCAAGAGGACCAGCAAGCUUUGCAGCAAGAGGUGGAGGAGCGGGACCAACUGAUCCAGAACUUUAGUUCCGACAACCAGCGACUGCACCAACUGCUGCAGGAUCAGGAGGCGGCUCUGGAGGAGUCUGAGAGGAAGAUGGGCGAGGUGCAGCAGGAGCAACAGAAGGAGGCUGAGGUACACCGACGACAAGCUGAAGAGCUGAAGAUCCUGGCAGAGAGGAUGGAGAGGAGCUGCAGGGAGAAGGAGCUUGCAGAUCAGAGGGUGAAGUCUCUGGAGUCGAGCAUGGAGGCGGAGCGAGCAGCUCACCUGGAAUCCAAGUGUAGUCUGGAGGUCCUUCAGCUGCGGACUCGGGACCUGGAGGCAGCAGUGGCAGUGGAGCGGUCCGGCCAGCAGGAGGCGCAGCACAGCCUGGAGCUGCUGCGAGCUCACUUCAGAGAGCUGGAGAGGGUUUACAACCUGGAGAGAGAGAGGAGGGGAUGCACCGAGGACGCUCUGGAGCGGCUGCAGGCCGAGUUCAAUCACUGUAAGUCUGAUAUGACUGACACCUUGGAAACCGAGAGGAAGGCAACCUCUGACCUCUCGAAAAGGCUUGCGGAGGAGAAGAGUCGAAACGCUGACAUGCAGUCACUGCUGCAGCAGGCAGCGACACGGCAGUCAGAAGCAGAGGAGGCCUUCAUGAGCACCCUGAAACAGAUCACAGGCAUGCUGCAUCUCCUCAGCACCACAGGUCAGCAAUCAGCACCACCCGCAAAGAAUGAUGGGAAUCUGAGUCCUGCUGAGGUCCUGCAGCUGCUGGCAACAACUCUGAGCACCUACCAGCUCAAACUGGUUGAAACUACCAACCAGGUCCAGGAUCUGCUGUUUACAUCUGAGAAACUUCAGGAGGAGAACCAGUUUCUCCAGCAGCUGACCUCGGAUCGGGAGAAACAAACUGCGGAGGCGCAGCAGGCGUUGGCCGACCUGCAGGAGGAGGCAUCUCGUUUACGCCUACAGAGCUCUGAUUGGUCGGUGCAGAAUAAGGAUCUACAGGAGGAGCUGCAGCAAGAGAAGGAGGAGAGGAAGAAGGAGAGGGAGGAGAUCAGUGAAGAGUUCAACAAAGAGUCAGCGGCCCACCUGUCCUUCCUCCACUGCCUGUACCAGCGCCUGCUGGCCGGCUGCGUCCUCAUCGAUCAGCCCCAGAGCAUUCUGGGAGACUUCACCUGGAAGGAUCUGUGUGACGUCAUCACCCAGCAGGUGGAUCAGCUGACCUCUGACCUGCAGAAGGCCAACAACAAGAUCGCUCACCUGCAGAGUGUGUGUCACAAGAAAAGCGUGUGUGUGCGUGAGCUGCAGCGCAGUCAGGAGUGUGUGUUGGCUCGCCUGGAGGAGAGCGUGAGGAGGAGAGAGGAGACCUGGAGCCACCAUCACACACACACCGUCAACCAGCUGCAGGGCCAGCUGCAGCUCUGUCGCUCUCAGUGCGACUCCCACAGGGAUCACGCCUCCUCUCUGGAGCGCCGCUGCUCCUCGCUGACCUCCGACCUGUCCCGGCUGCAGGGCCUCCUCUCCAGAAGCCGCAGGGAGUCGUCCUCCUUCUUCUUAGCCUGCGCUCUGCUGGCCGGAGCUCUGAAGCACGCCCGCAGCUGUGUGCACGCCCUCUCAGAGCAGAAGAUCCUCCUGUGCAGACAGCUGGCAGAAAGGGAGCUGCUGGAGCAGGAGGUCAGGAGGCUGGCGGACGCUCUGGGAGGUGAGAAGGAGGAGGAGGAGGAGGAGGAGGAGAAGAGGAGGAGGACGAUGAGGAGGUGGAGGAAGAGUGUGUGUGCAGUGCUGGCGCUGAAGAGGUGGAUGGCUCUGAGUAAGAAGACGAUGGUGUUGUUUCGGCUGGAAAGAAGUGGAGGCAGUGUGGCUGUCUGCAUGUGGGGAGAUUCACGUACGGCAACCCUGAAGGAUGAGAAGGAUGAAAGUCCUGAAGGUGUUUGUGCUCGCUGGCUUCGCUCCAAAAGUAUCUCCUCCAUCAUUCUGUCCUCCAUGGUUGACCUGCAGAGGGCUCUAGCUAACACAGGUUCCCGUCCUCCAAAUGUGAUCUCAGCUGCUCGCUCAGGCUUCUCCCGCCUCCUGGAUCACCUGCUGGACCAAUCAGCUCACAGCAUUUCCUUUGGUUCAGCUGAGGAGAACACGGAGAGCUCCUCUCUGAAACUCAGCCAGAACAGACAGACCAAUCUGAAGACGCUGGUGUCCGCCCUCCAGCAGCACUUCCUGCUCUUCAGCCAUCGCCUGCACUCAGCAGAGGUGGAGAGGCGGAGCCUGCGGGUGGAGGUGGCCAAUCUUAAGAAAGGGCGGCGACAGGAGAGGGCAGAGUUUAAUCAGACGGUUCCGUCGGAGCGUUUCCAGACCGCCUGUGAGGAACUCCGUCAGGCUCUGAACAGAGAGCAGGAGGCCCAGGCGCUGAUCCAGGAACAGUCCAAACAGCUGCAGGCUCUGCAGCAGCGAGCUGACAAACACUCCUCAGAACAAUGCGACACACUGAGCCAAACCAAACAGGCGCUGUCAGAGACUCGGCAGCAGCUGAGUCGGAAAGAGCGCUCCCUGAGAAUUCUGGGUAAGCACCUGUCGGGGGUUCAGAAGGAGAGGAGGCAGCUGGAGGAGAAACUGCAGAGAGCAGAGGAUGAACUGAGCGGUGCUGCCAGGCGACAGGAGUGUGUGAUCCGGUGCAUGAAGGCUGCAGAGACGAGCUGCAAGCAGGUCAGAGAAAAUCUCGUCCAGUUGCAGCACUCUGUGUCCACUCACCAUCGCCCCCUGCUGUUCACCCAAGAACACCUGGACCUGAGUGGAGCCAAACACCUCAUGCUGGCUCCUGAGGUGGCAGCAUGUCAGAGCUUUCUGUCCGUCGUAUCUCAGCUUCAUCACGCCUGCAGCUCCAGGAUUGACUGGCUCGAGCAGGAAGUCUCCGCCCACCGCAGUCAUGUGACCGCUCUGCGCAGCGAGCUGCAGGAUGCCUGCCUUCGUGAGAGUCUCGCCUAUAUUCCCGUGGAGGAGCUUCCUGAACCUCUGCUACUUGAUGUUGGGGAAACACGUGACCUUCCUCCUCUCUCUGGUUGCUCCAAGGAGCCGGUCUGAAGAAAACCCAAGGAACAUAUGACCCGUCUGUUAUGAUAUGUGGCGCCUUCAAACGGAAAGACUUUCUUGGUCAGAAGGUGCUUGUGGUUUCAGUCCUGAAGUCAUCCAUCAGCAGCCAGUUCAAUCUGCCUGGAAGCAUCAUCUUCCGGGGACUUUAAACAUUUUUUCUCCCAGCUGGCUGCUGAAGGACGCCUGACGACCAGAUGGUCCUUCAGGACAACCAGUUGAUGAUGGACCUGUUGAGGUUUCUGCUCGUCCUAUUUCAACCGUUUCUGUUCCAGAAUGUUUUACUGGAGGAGAAAAACCAAACAGGACAUUUUACUCUAAUCCCUUCUAGUUAUUUAAAUGAUGUCAGUCUAUUUUCAUUCGUUAUUUUUUAUGACCAGAAAUAAACAAUGACUGAGAGUGACACAUUUCCCAAAAGUGACACAAAAAAUAAUCCCUUAGUCAGAACUAAUCAAGGAAGAAAAAAGGGAAGCAAAAAAGAAAUCCUCGGAGACAAAUAAAACUGACUAAUUAGAAAAUAAAGUCCAGGAAAUGUCAGCAGAUUAUAAAGAAUAUUUCAAAAAGUUGUUUCUUUGCUUAGUUUCAUGUUUUUGGGACAUUUCAUCUGUUAUUACCGCCCCCUAGAGUUCAGGCUUCAUUUAGCUUUGUAAAUUGUGACUUGACUUUAUAAAGAAGGCUAAAUUUACUUGGCACAUUUAAUGAGAAUCGGCCAUUUUCCUGAAACAAAUUACUAGAAAUCAGAGCAUCUCCUGGUGUUAGAAGUUUGCAGAACUUUCCUCAGCAUGAUCUUUCUGAAUCGACAAGUUUCAUCCAAGUAUCUGUUAUUAUGCCUGAUAAAUGCCUGAUUAACUGACA